AUGACAACUUUUUUAAGGCAAUUCUUUGAUAUGUUUUCGAUUACUAUGAUCCCAGUAAGUUAGAAAACUGGAGAAUUUUCAAAACAAAAUGAAUUUAUAGGUUUUCUUUCCAAAUUACUCACGUUCUUACUGAAAAUAUUGUUCUUAUUUAGUAAAAUUACCUGGAUCUUCUUCUGGUCGAACUCUUUUGUUGAAAUAUGACAAAAUACUGCCAGACUUCCUUUUUURCGCCAUAUUAAUGAGAGCACAUGAUAUGGAAGACUUUUGCAUUUUGCAUGAAGUCGAGGUACAUUCGUCAACAGUCUCACUCUUCAUUCAUUUUCCAAGAUGGCGGACAACAAUGCAAAGAUUUUAUUGCGUUGCAAUUUGCGAUGCAUAACAAUCAAAAUUGAGGGAAAAUGUUGACUUUUUCAACACGUUUUGGUAAAAUAUAUAGAUUSUACAUUAAGAGGUACAAUUUAAACAUGAUAAUGGCAAAAGUAGGCGGCUCAGAAAACGAWAAUAGACGGCGGAAUUCGCCGAUUGUCGGCUUCUAUUGACAUCCCUGAGUCUCCGAUUAAGGUCUCAUGUUUAAUCUUAGGUUUCUUAGCAUUCCAUAUGAAAUCCUUGAUUUUACUUUCAAUGAUAUUUUCAAAGUCUAAUGGGACAUAAAUUUGCGAGUAAACAAAAUAGAGUUUUGGCAGUGCUAAGGKCUUAAGUACUUGUAUUUUUCCUAUUGCUGUCAAAGAUCUUGAUUUCCAAAUAUUUAAUGUAGUCAUGAAAUUAGUUGCUAUAUGUUGAAGAUUAUUUUUAUAGUGCAAUUUCUUAUUGUACGAAAAAAAAUCCCUAGAAUUUUUAUACCAUCCUCACUAAAAUCAAUACAUUUAAAUCCUGUUUCUUUCACAAAAGUGUCAUUUUCUUUUUGAAGCCAGCCUGCUUCUGAUUUUUGGUAGUUCAGUUUUAAUGACGAAAAAGAAUAAAAGGUCUCGAAACAUCGUAACAUCGCUUGAAUGAGUUAUUAUCUCUUAAAAAGAAAGUUGAAUCAUCCGCGAAAAACGUGAACUUCUUUUCCUUGUCCCUAAGUACGAAACUAUGAAUUUCUAUACAAUUUCGGAUCAUUAUACAGUACCGGUCUCGAGUAAAGUACCAUCCGCUUUCGAGUACUCGAACUCGAAACGGUCCGCGAGUUUCGAGUAUAGAGUGAAACAAUGACAGUUAAUGAGGCAGCGAAAACAAUGCCACUAGCUUUCACUCUUUACUCGAGACUUUAGAGUGUUUCGAGUGGAGCGCUUCGAACUUAAAUUACGGAAUCAAAUUCACACAAAAGUUAACAAAAUAGUUUGAUUGCGGCUAUGACAAUUAAACACCAGCAAACUGUGAAUCUACACGAAGAUAUUUCCAAGCGUGUUUUAAGACUAAUCUCGCCUUUCCCAUGCAGCUCAGCAGUUCUAUCAAAAAUUAAAACAACCGAARGAACUGGGCUCGAAUGGCUACCGAGUAAGACGSUCGAAUUUGAGCUCCGAGAGAAAACUCAUAUAACCCUAACAUUUUUUAAAUAAAAUCAUCCAAGAAUCACUCCAAACGAAAGAAGAAAACCAACURAAGCUCCUCUAGCAUCUCAAUAACCUCUCUGCUUGAAAAGAAAGCUAAGAGUGCUCUGACGACGAGGUAUUCCAAGCCCUCGAUAUGGCCGGCCAUGUUGCUGCUAAGUUGGACGAUAUAACAUCAAAGUUAGACAGACUGAAGUCAAUAGAAGAAACUAUACACAACGUUGCUGGAUCAAUUAAAGCUCUCGAGCAAAAAAUAGAGAAAGUUGAACAGAAUGUCAAAGAAGUAAAACAGGAGCAGCAGGUUAUGGACAAAAGUCUUGAAACGAUGAACAACGAAAUUCAGCAGCUCAAAAACGACAGGAAAAGAGACGAUUUUGAAUAUUAUGGAAUCCAGGAAGAAACAAAGUCUGAGCUGAACACUCUUAAAACGAAAUUAUUGUACGCAGAAGCAUAUUCAAGACGAGAAAAUCUUAAAUUUAUUGGCAUUCCAGAACUAGAUGACGAAGACACCAAAAAGGUUUUACUCAACUUUAUCGACAAUCAUCUGGAGAUUGAAAGUAGCCCUAUAGAAUUCCAGUGAGUACACAGAAAUGGUAGAAAAAAACAAGAUGCGCCAAGAACAAUUAUUGCAAGGUUUCUACGGUACCAAGACGUUGAAAAGAUUCUUUGACAGGUGAAGCUACUAAAAAAUACCCCCUUCGUUAUUUACCAAGACCUUCUCAAAGAAAUUUUGGACGAGCGUAAAAAGUUAAUGGGGGCUCUUAAAGAAGCCAAAAGACGUGGUAUGAAGGCCCGAUUUAGCAAAGCAGAGCCUGAUAGAUUAUAUAUCGAUGGGCAGUUGUAUCUUCCAGGACAAACGAAUCUAUUUAGCUUCAACGCACCAUAAGGUAUAAUGAACUUUACUCGGAAUCCAAAUAUCAAUAGUAUGUUAUGUUGCUGUUUAUACUCUUAAGUUAAGGACUUUAAAUUUAGGAUGAUUCAGUAAAUAGAAUUUAUAUCACCACUUUUAGGGAUGUUGUUUCUGAAUUAAGUUUUAUUUUAAAGGAAAGAUUUUGAGUAUUUCUCUUAGAGCCUUAUAAAAUACGGCUAAGAUAAACAAAUGCAAAAGCCCAUUCAUGUGCAAGCACAAAUUAAUCUUUAUGUAGUAUCUUUGUUUGUUAUUUGUCAAUUGUUUAGCGAGAUCUUGAUGUUGCAUAGCUCCGUGUCAUUAAUAUUCCUGUUUUAUUACUUUUUUCGUGUAACUUAAAAUGAAUGUUUAUAAUUUUUCCAUACUGUCAAUUAAUGUCCGUGGCCUCAGGGAAUAUAAAAAGAAUAGAAAAAUUUUCAAUUGGCUUACAAAACACAAUAGUGAGUACGGUAUCUCAUUUUUGCAAGAAACACACAGUACCAAAGAAACAGAAAAGGAAUGGUCUCUGAGAACUAGGAAUGAACUUUUAAUGUCGCACGGAACGCCAAGGAGUAAAGGAACGGCUAUUAUGUU